GAUGUUUUGGUUUGUCCAUGCAACCGUGAGGCCCAACAGAUACGUUAGUUCACAAAUUUCCGUAAAGACACGCCUUUUCAAUGUGACUCUGUCUCGGUGGGAGAUAAAUCUGAAAGACUGCAAACAGAAUCCACCCACAUUUCCAGGAGUAAUGGAGCUGUCACUGGCUAAAUCUGACCCCACAGUAACCCUCAGAGGGGCAAUGAUAUGCUGCCCAUCCCUCCACCAGAGUGGAGAGGAGAGUGGGCAGCAGAGUGAGGAGGGGGCCUUAUCUGAUGAUAGCAGUCAUCUUCACUGAAAUGAGAAAAAUAGAGGUCAUUGUGUCACCGUAGCCCCACGGGAUGAAGUGUUUAUAUAUGUGUGCGGGGCGAGCUGAAUCCCUGCGGAGAGAAGGAUGCUGGUAGGAUGCUGAACUGAUUGUCGAUGCUUGGCUGGAGCUGAUGAAGGCUCCCUCCAGGCGAUAUGAAAAAUAUCACGUCCUCCCAUUCCUGCAAACCAGUUAAAUUACAGGUUGCGAUGUGUGGAAGCGCUCUCUCCCUCUCUCACACAUCACAGCAGUCAGAGUUAGUCGUCCCUCACUAUGUAGGUUACUUCCUCUCUGGUUCGCAUGCAUCUCCGGGGCGCAAUGAAGCGAAGCUCAGCCAAGAAGGCGUAAUGCACGGAGAAGGGGGGUAAUCUCGCAUCCAAUCUGAUGUCUCAGCUGCUAAAGUCUCUCCGGUCUCUGGAGGGGUGGGCUACACAUGCUUAUUUUCCCAGACACUUUCCAUCCGUGGCGCGUCUCCGGCUUUGAACGCACUUGGGCUCCGGACACCGGUGGCUACUGACACACUCCCACACACACACCCUCUCUCAUUCACACAGCUUUGCAAAUGCACAGCCCGGGACUGGACUGGCCGGAGGAAUACAGCAUCUGACUGAAAGCGCUGAUGCGUGAAGGAUGUAGAGCCGGAGGUGGGGGCAGGAUGGAGUGCUCCUGGAAGACGGUGUUGCUGCUGGUGUGCGCAUCUCUUGGGGUCCAGUACACGGCUAUCCGGACCCUGAGGGACUCGAUGUCUGGACCCUGUCAGAGAGCCUACCGCUGCAGGAGCAGAUACCACAGAGACUCCAGAUGGGCUGCCUUGUGUGAUGACAGCUGGAUGCCCGUCGAGUUGCCUCAGAAGCAUAUACUGCUUUUUGCGACAACGCGCAGCGGCUCCUCGUUCACCGGACAGCUACUCAACCAGCAUCCCGGGAUCUUCUAUGUCUUUGAGCCCCUUUACCACGUCCAGCAGGCCUUCACCAACUCCAGCAGCAGGUUGCGUCGAACUUUAGACCGCCGGGCCUUGCUUGGAGCCUACAGAGACCUCCUCUUAAACCUGUACACCUGCGACCUUCACUUCAUGGAGAACUACAUCCGCCCUGAAGCCCAGGAUCACAUCACAAGCUCCUUUUUCCGACGGAGCUCAAGCCAUGCCCUCUGUUCUCCUCCAGUUUGUUUGGAAGGGGCGGUUGCAAUGUCCGAUUCACCUGAUGAAAUCUGGUGUCCUAAGAAGUGCGGGGCUCUGAACCUCACUCUAGCCGCCAUGUCAUGUAUGUCAAGAGGACAUGUAGCCAUAAAAACCGUGAGGAUUCCCGAGGUGGGAGACUUGCGGACUCUGACAGAAGAUCCGCGUCUGGACCUGAAGAUCAUCCAUCUGGUGAGAGACCCCAGAGCCAUCCUCGCUUCCCGCAUCAUGGCGUUCUCUGACCAGUUUCGCGCUUGGAAAAUAUGGAACGCCACUGGACGCCAGCCUCGAUACGUGGACCUCUCGCAGAUCACCAGCACCUGUAAGGACAUGUCUGCCUCUGCAGAAAGUGGCCUGCAGAGACCAGCGUGGCUGCGAGGACGAUACAUGCUGGUGCGGUACGAGGACUUGGCUCUUCACCCAAAUGCCGGGGCGACUGCAAUUUACAGGUUCGUGGGUCUGGAGAUGGAAGACAGGGUGAGGAUGUGGAUAUUGAAAAACACCAACAGCAAUGUGUCGGCUCCCUCUGAGUGGAAUUACAAAUACUCCACCACAAGAAACUCCAGAACCACGGCAGAAAGUUGGAGGCUUCGUCUCAGCUUUGACAUUGUGAAAACUAUUCAGAAUCUUUGUAGUGACACGUUGGCUCUGCUCGGAUACAAGCAGGUUCAUUCUGCUGCCGAACUCAGAAACUUGUCACAAAGUUUAGUGGAGCACAGAACGUUUCAGCCUGUCACAUGAUGAUGCAGGAAAUCUGCUUAUUUAGAAAACGUCUCUAUGCUCAGAUUUUGGUCUGUCAAGAUGCGGAUGAAAUGAAUGUAACUUAUUUGAAUCCUGACUGAUGCCUGAAAUACCUUGCUAUAGUUGGUAAGUUUUUGUUAAAUAUGUCAAAAGUGCCAUUUUUUUACACGAAGAAA